UGUGUAUGUGUGUGUAUGCUUGUAUGUGUAUGCAUGUGUGUGUUUGUGUGUGUGUGUGUGAGAGAGAGAGAGAGAGUGGGUGAUUUGGCAGCGAAGGAAGAGAGCGGUGGGUGUGGAGGUAUAUCUGUAAGAGUUAAAAACAAUAGAGCGAGUUUUAUAGACACAACUCGCCUCACCACUUUCUAAACGGAUUCUACUGGAGAGGAAGAAGAAGGAGAAUUCACUCCUGCUUUCCGGACAGCAUCCGAAAAAACAAGCCCAAGAUGUUUGUUUGUUGGAAAAGCAUCUUCUUUUUAUUUCUCUGUCUAAAAUAUUUGUUAGCAGAAACUUCCGAAUUGAUUUUCGAAGCCGAGAAACAGCCUGGAAAUCUGAAAGUCCACAGUCGAUCAAAUGCUUCUAAUAAGAAAGUUGUUUAUUUAUUACCAGGGAAAACUCUUCGUUUGGAUUUAUGUAUAGCAAACAAUUCCUCACUUCGGAUGAUGGGAUUUCGAUAUUCAAUCGACGGCAAAGCAACUGUUGUUCUUGUUAACAUUGAUAACCAACAACUGCAGUCGUUCUCAAUAUCAGGCCAUUCCAAAGGUGGCGAGCUAUGGAAUGUAUUUCGGGACUCAGGACCUGCCAGAAAACCUUUAUUUUUAUCAGAAGGAAUUCAUUUUUUGGAUAUUCAUAUAAAUUCGAACGAGACUCAAGGAAUUGAAAUCGAUCAUUUGACCAUCAUGACGGACAAUCCUUACAUUUCUGAAGACUUGAUGUCAUGCAGAUUAAGCUGUUUUCAUGAACUGGAUAAAGCAGAACCCGUGAAGAAAGAUCAUACUCGUAGGUCUGAUCUGGUAACGUUAAUCCAGCGAAGUUUCCCCACCAAAUGUGCUGAACAGGACAACAUUGAUAUUGCUUUCAUUCAUGCAUCGGUAAAGAAAUAUCGCGUCACUCCGUCCUACCCUCGAUUCGACAGCAUGCUCAACAAUCGCGGGGCAAUGUUCAAGGAUUGUUUCAGUAUCUCUCAGUCACAGCUUUGGCUGUUAAAAGGUAAACCACUCGAUCCCGAACAUAACGUUGUGAUGAACAUCAACUCAUUUGUGUUAAAACUAACAAAAUCAAGGCUCUACAAAUUUAUAAUAUUCUUCCCGUUGAAAGGUAAGAUGAGUGGCGUGAUCGAUGCUGAUAUCGGAUCGAAUUUUACUGUAAAACUAAAGAAAAUUUCUCGACCACUUUAUAUAAAUAUGACUUAUAAUGGUAGAAAUAGCAAACUUUCGGAAUUACAACACAGGAAAUUUUCUCCACGAACACUGAAAGGAGUUUGGUCUAUUCCAGAUUUCACAUGGUCCGAAAGUAAUAUAAAUGCCAUAUUUCUGAUCUUGGUUUCGGAUGAAGACCAACUUGUUAUUAUUGACGAAAUUAGUUUAGUUAGGCGACCAGAACGAGGAGAGACGGUGAAGCCGUUGUAUCAAAGUCUCAACACAAUAUUAGAGGGCGUCAAUGUCGAUUUUUGGUGGCGGCGACCGAAAACUAUGAGUGUCAUUCUGGAAGGCACUAAAUUCGAUAAUAUCGAUUUCAUUCGAUUGAGCAAACGUGUCCUGGGAUCAAGUGACACAUCGCAAGUGUUUGUCCUUUAUCAAGAUGGCAAUGCACGGACUCUUCCACCGUUACUUCAUGGUGUUGACUGGUUACCUUUCGGUUCAUCUGUAAUUCUUGGGCCAACAAAUUUGUCUAGUUUUCGACCAUUCGCAGACAUUGAAGUUUUCAAGAUUGUCCGAGUUGAACCAACUUUAAUCGCAGUCAUUCAAUAUUAUGAUAAUUCAUCAGCUAAUAUUGAAGUUAUCAGCAAUCGAACACAAACUCAGAUAUUAGUCUAUAAUAUAUCCAUGGCCAGCGUUUCGACAUUUUUACCAUUUAUUAGGUUUCGUUCCAUGUGGAUCAAAGACGGUCUUUCUGACGUUGACCAUAUCAAGAUUGACGGAGAUAAGGGUUUACACAUUUUGUCAACGUGGAGAAUUCUUCGCGCUAGAAAUGUACGCUUUUAUCGUUCUUGUGAGUCGAAACAUUUGUCUAUGUCCCCUAAUAUAAAAAUCGAAAUACUGAAAUAACAUACUGCUUCUUUAUAACAAAGGAAUAUAUAUAUAUAUAUAUAAUAAG